AUGGCGUCAGCGCAGAAUGAAAUCAACAGAUGUACGGUGCGAAUCACUCUUCGGCUACGAGACCAGAACGACCGCAAUCCAGUAGAACCAGAGCAACAAUCGACCGGUAGUGUUCAGAAGAACCCUGAUGGUCCACAUGAUUCGUCUGGUUCUUCUGGAGGUACUUUUUAGUAUUAAACGUGUUGUUUUCUGUUGAUUUGAGUUUAAAGUGACUAGGAAUUAUUAAAAAGUUGAGAAUUUUCUUAAUUUUCAAAAAAAUUUUUUUUAAUUUUCAAACAAAAUUGAAAAUUUUUUGUUAAGUUAAUUAUUACAGAAGCCUUCAUCAUACCAGGUAUAACUGACUUGGAAGCCAUCUUCAUGGCUCGCAAGACCUUACAGCACUACUCAGACAAGUUCAAUCUCAAACUGAACACUUUUAAUGCUUCAAAAUCAAAGUAA